AUGUUUCUGAACUGCUUGGUCAGAGUGGAGUGUAGACCCGAAACUGUAGAUUCAUGGCCUGUGAAGGACUUUAGCGUGGCCUUAUCAAGUUACGAUGUUUUAUCAUUGUCCACAUCUUGGAGACUUCUUGUGGAAGAAAUCAAGACUCCAAGCUGGGCCACAAGCUGGAUUACAAAGUCCUGGAGGAAAACUGUGAAACCUCCAACGUUAGUGGAUUUUGCAAACUUCGGUAAAGACUCUGCUGCAUUUCUAGGGCCGCAGAACCCAGGUUACUGUGAUGCCGCAUCGCUUUUAGGAAAAAGUUGGGACAAAGCCAUUUUCUCCUGGGCUUGCAUUAACCCUGACCUGGAUGUCAGAGAUAGCUUUCCAACAUUUGCCAGGACUAUGCCAACACCGACCAAAGUUUUGUUCCAGUUUAUGAAGUAUUUUAGAUGGGCUCAUGUUGGGGUGGUAUCUUCCAAUGAGGACAUCUGGGUGGACACUGGAAGGAAGGUAGCUAGCGCACUAAGAAAUCACGGACUUCCUAUUGGAAUUGUCACAAAUAUAGGCAAUGGCGAGAAAGGCAUUAAUGAUACAUUGGCAGCUAUAAGGGACACGUAUGAUCUCAGAGUCAUCAUUAUGUGCAUGCAUUCAGUCUUCAUUGGAGGGGAAGAACAAGCCAUCUUUCUAAUCAAAGCGCAUGAAAUGGGACUGACCGAUGGACGAUAUGUCUUUGUACCCUACGACACUUUACUUUACAGCCUUCCAUAUAAAAACAACUCCUACCCUAUCUUCGACAAAAACAGCAAGCUGAAAGAGGCCUAUGACGCGGUGCUGACUAUCACCAUGGACUACGAUGACAAGUCGUUUUAUGAUGUCUUUGCUGAGUUUAAAGAAAAGGGGGAGAUAGUAACAAAUCUGGAGCCACAGCAAGUCUCGCCACUGUUUGGAACCAUCUAUAACUCCAUGUACUUACUGGCCAAAGCCAUGAGCAGCGCCUGGAAACAAGGAGCCUGGAUUUCCGGAACCAAUCUUGUGGAAUACACCAAAAACCUGGACUACCCCGGAUUCACACAUAUGUUGUAUACAGAUGGCAAGGGGAAUGGGCUCAGUAGCUUUGUGGUCUUAGAUACUGAUGGAAAAAUUAACCAGCUCUUCCCGACCUACUCAGUGGAAGUUGGCACCAGUUUAGUGCGCUUUUUAGGAAAGACUAUACGGUUUCCAGGUGGGACGCCACCCACUGCGGACUCCAGCUGUUGGUUUGACCCAGACACAAUAUGCAUUGGAGGUAUUGAACCAUCAAUUGUCAUCUUGGUGUUUGGUCUGGUGUUUGCCUUGUCUCUGUGCGGUGUUGCGAUCUCCUAUCUUAUCAGGUUCUUCCUGUCUUCCUCUUUGCCCUGUCAUUGUGUAAGCACAGUGCUAUCCAAGAGUACUAAAAUAAAUAUCGACAACCUGAGUGACACCAAAAGCAUCUCAGACUGCAGGAGUUUGGCUCGUUCCCUGUCUACGAAAAGUGCAGCAGUCAAUCAUGAGAAUUCCAAUGUGGCCGUUUACGAGGGAGACUGGGUGUGGCUGAAGAAGUUUGAGCAUGGACCCUACCACGAGCUACGGCAGAGCACGACCAGCACACUGCGGAAAAUGAAGGAUCUGAGAAAUGAAAACGUUAACCCCUUUCUGGCCUUUUUCUCUGAUUGCGGAAUCUUUGCCAUCAUAACGGAGCAUUGUUCCAGAGGGAGUCUGGAGGAUCUGCUGAGAAAAGACGACGUCAAAUUAGACUGGAUGUUUAAAUCUUCACUGCUUUUAGAUUUGAUCAAGGGUAUGAGAUAUUUACACCAUCGUGACUUUCUACAUGGACGCCUAAAAUCUCGCAAUUGUGUGGUGGAUGGCAGAUUUGUCUUGAAGAUCACUGAUUAUGGAUAUAAUGAAAUUAUAGAGAACCAGAAAGCUCCACGGCAGCCUUCUUGUCCUGGAGAAUUAUUUUGGACAGCACCAGAGCUUCUUCGAGAUCAAAAUCUGGCCAGAAGAGGAACAUUUAAAGGAGACGUCUUCAGUUUUGCUAUUAUUUUGCAAGAAGUGGUUGUACGAGGUCCACCAUAUUGCAUGUCAGGACUUUCAGCAGAGGAAAUCAUCAGAAAGGUAAAAAAGCCACCUCCAUUAUGUCGACCCACAGUGGCCCCUGAUCAGGCCCCGCUGGAGUGCAUUCAGCUCAUGAAGCAGUGCUGGAGUGAACUAGCUGAAAGGAGGCCGACCUUCGAUGAGAUCUUUGAUCAGUUCAAAACCAUCAACAAGGGCAAGAAAACCAAUAUUAUUGACUCCAUGCUGAGGAUGCUGGAACAAUACUCCAGUAACCUGGAAGAUUUAAUCAGAGAAAGAACAGAGGAACUGGAGGUGGAAAAACAAAAAACAGAAAAGCUUCUCUCCCAAAUGCUGCCGCGGUCUGUCGCGGAAGCUCUUAAAACGGGAGGCACAGUGGAGCCAGAAUACUUUGAUCAAGUUACCCUCUACUUCAGCGAUAUUGUUGGAUUUACGACGAUAUCGGCGCUCAGCGAGCCCAUCGAAGUGGUCGACCUUCUGAACGACCUUUAUAGUUUGUUUGACGCAGUUCUGGGAAAUCACGACGUUUACAAAGUGGAAACAAUCGGCGAUGCUUAUAUGGUGGCAUCGGGUCUACCCAAGAGAAACGGGAACAAGCACGCGGCGGAGAUCGCCAACAUGUCACUAGAUAUCCUCAGUUCUGUGGGCACCUUCCAGAUGAGGCACAUGCCUGACGUACCGGUCAGGAUUAGGAUAGGUCUACACUCAGGGCCAUGUGUAGCUGGAGUUGUGGGCCUUACUAUGCCUCGUUACUGUCUGUUUGGAGACACAGUGAAUACGGCUUCACGAAUGGAAUCCACAGGACUGCCUUACAGAAUUCACGUCAACCAAAGCACAGUGGCCACGCUUCGCACUCUACCCGAAAACUAUAAAAUAGAACUUAGAGGAAAAACAGAAUUAAAGGGAAAAGGUAUAGAAGAAACCUUUUGGCUAGUUGGAAAAGACGAUUUUGCCAAACCUUUACCAAAGCCGCCAGAUAUAAAGCCGGGGUGUAUUUCCCAUGGUUUAACAGCGGAGGAAAUUGCUGAGUUCAAAAGGAGGAAAGCUGAAAAGAUGCUUUCUAGACAGGAGGCAGAGGGAGGACUGGCAGGAAAUGAUAAACACGGAAAUUAAAACCAUCUUCUGGAAAACCAGGAAGCGUAUAUCUAUGACCUAAAAAGCAUCAUUUGUAGGAAUUUUGUAAUGGGCCACCUCUGAAUUCUCUGGAAAAGGUGGAUCCUUUUUGGAGGACUCGGUCCCUGGAAGGCUUCUUGGACUUGUAGCCAGAACGAGGACUAUCUAAGGCAGAUGUUUUAAGAGUUGGAUGGAUAAGGCUGA